ACUGAGAAAUAAGUCGCGAUCGCGAUCAGUGAGCCGACGAUACGGAUCUCCCGCCGUCGUCGCCGGUGCUUUACACGAAUUCGAUUCGCGAUCGGAUUAGGAAAAACUUCACACAUCUAAUUCGCGUCCUCGGUACCGUAAUAAGAGCCGAGAAGCCAUGGCAUUGAACGAUACGCGUAUAAAUAAUACAUAGCACAAAUGCGCGCGCGCGCGCGCGCUACAGAAGCUCGGAGAUAAAAGAAACGGAAAGAGAAGCCGAUAAGCGGCUCGCCGCGGGAGCGAAAGCGAUCGGGGAAGAACUGAGGCGAGAUAUCGAGCUCGGAUUACGGAUAAAUUCAUCGACGCACACUGCUGCAUUCGAGUGCUGGCCUUUAGCCGAUCGAGUGAUCGCGGCUGCGGGAGGGCUCUGUGAAAAGUUUUACAACGCCGCGAUGAGAUUCUCGUCGCUCUUGCUGCUGCUGCUGCUGGCUUCGGCUCCGGCGACUCGAGGAAAGUCCCUGCCUGACAAUUCCGUCGACGAUCCUGGCAUAAUAAGGAGAGCGGAUUGGGGCGCUAGGCAGCCAAAGGGCCCGCUGGCCCCGCUGGCCGUCGAGCCUCCGCCCUACGUGAUCGUUCACCACGCUGCCUCGGACACCUGCACGAGCAGAGCGAUCUGCCAAGCUAGGCUUCGAUCUUUCCAGGACUACCACAUGAAUACGAAAAAGUGGAGCGACAUCGGCUACAACUUCCUCGUCGGCGAGGACGGAAACGUUUACGAAGGUCGAGGUUGGGGAAAAGCCGGCGCCCACGCGAAAACUUACAACGACAAGAGCAUCGGCAUUUGCGUGAUCGGCAACUACGAGAAUCGGAGCCCCAACAGCGCCGCGACCGAGGCGGUAAAAAGCCUCAUUUCCCACGGAGUAUCCCUGGGCAAGAUCAACAAGGCCUAUUCGCUGAUUGGCCACAGGCAGGCCUCGCCGACCUCGUGUCCGGGCAACAAGCUUUACCAACUCGUUCAAACUUGGCCGAAUUGGGUGAAAAGCCCCUGAUGGCGCAAAAGACUAGACUGUUUAAUGAAACUAAUUCGAUGAUAAAUUCUGUCUUAUUUA